GUAAGUCAGGCUCCACGGCUGCUUUUGCAGUACAAGGACCUGGAAUAGCAGAUGUUAGACUCCGCGGCUGCAGUAGUACUAGUACUAUUCUAGGUUCAGCGACUGCAAGCAGCUCUACGGCUGCAGCGGCAGUACAAAGUCCUUUUAGCAUUCAGUGCUUUUAUACUACAAGUACAUCAGCAGCAGUAUUCCGAUUCUAUGUAAAUAAUAGACUACCUUUAGACACAGAGUUUGAGUU